AUGGCGCAUACUAAUGCGCAAUAUCACUUCCUCGGCAGUGUUUUCUUCAACAUGGAAAUUGAGAUUAUUCAUGAAGUUCGCUCGGUGUCGACGUUUCUGGCUGGAGACGAGAAUGUGGAUUCACGAAAUAUUGGCACGGAACAUUGGCCAUUGAAGUUGAAUGUUCAGUUCUAUGAAAUCUCACCGGACAAUUUUUACACGAAGGCGUGUAUAUUGACGGAGCGAACAGGGCAGGUUACUUGCUUCUUGAAUUCUACCUACAAUAAAGCAGAACUCACGGAUGGCUGUGAUUUGGGUCGAUUAGGAAGUGAGUGGUUUUAA